AAUGACUAGUUGUCUGGAGCGUAUCAUUUAGAACUUUUCAUUACGUUUAUCUGUUUCGAUUGUUGUAACAAUUUUGCUACAACAAUGUCCGUUGCAACGAAAGGUAUUUUUAUUGUCGCUGCCAAGCGUACUCCGUUUGGUACAAUGGGUGGUGUAUUUACCAAUAAAACUGCAACCGAUUUAUCAGUGGUUGCUACAACAUCUGCUUUACAAGCCGCAGGACUAAAACCUGAAAAAGUAGACAGUGUUGUCUUUGGUCAUGUAUUCGCUCUAUCAGCCAGUGAUGGUGGCAUGCUGGCACGUCAUGCAGCAUUGAAGUCUGGUAUACCUUUGGAGAAACCAGCUUUUUCAGUUAACAGAUUAUGUGGUUCUGGAUUCCAGUCGAUAGUCAAUGGGGCACAGAAUAUUUUAACAGGGGAGUCCAAAGUGGUUAUAGCGGGAGGUGCAGAAAAUAUGAGUCAAGCUCCGUUCGUUGUAAGAAAUGUCCGUUUUGGCACACUUUUGGGGCAAAAGUACGAAUUUGAAGAUAGUUUAUGGGUUGGACUGUUGGAUACUUACUGCAAUUUACCCAUGGGCAUGACUGCAGAAAAGCUUGGAGCUCAGUACGGCUUAAAAAGAGAAGAAGUAGAUGAAUUUGCGCUAAGGAGUCAACAGCUUUGGAAAGCUGCCAACGAUGCCGGUCGUUUCAAAGAGGAACUUGCACCUGUAACGGUGAAAGUGAAGAAACAAGAGGUUGUGGUCGACAAGGAUGAGCAUCCACGUCCUCAAACAACUAUUCAGAGUUUAACCAAGUUAGCUCCUGUUUUUAAGAAGGACGGUUUAGUCACAGCAGGUUCCGCGUCGGGCAUUUGUGAUGGCGCAGGAGCUAUUGUUUUAGCCAGCGAGGAAGCCGUUAAAUCGGAAGGCCUUACACCACUGGCACGUUUAGUAGGUUACACAGUCGUGGGUGUAGAGCCUAGUAUUAUGGGAAUUGGACCAGCACCAGCCAUCAAACAGCUUCUGAAAGUCACUAAUAAAAAGCUCGACGAUAUGGAGCUUGUCGAGAUCAACGAAGCUUUCGGAGCUCAGACGCUAUCGUGCGCAAAGGAUCUGAACUUAGAUAUGAAUAAAUUGAAUGUGGACGGCGGUGCUAUUGCUCUUGGGCAUCCAUUGGCUGCGUCUGGUAGUAGAAUCACUGCACACUUGGUACACGAGCUCAGAAGGCGGAAGAGUGGAAAAUUAGGCAUUGGCUCUGCCUGCAUCGGCGGAGGCCAAGGAAUAGCUAUAAUGGUGGAAGCUCUUUAAUAAUUCAUAAUCACGACCCGCGAGAAGAAACAGGAAUUGGGCAAAUAAAACUCAAUCGAUAUCGAUAACUUGCUCGUUAUUGAGUAUCCGUUCACGUUUAUAUUUUUGAUACACUAUAUACAACGACGAAAACAUUGGAAAAAUAU